CUGCCUGAGCCAGCCAGGCACCCUCAUUCAGAUUUUUAAUAAUUUUUUUCAGAUGAUUUUAUUCUGUUUCUACUUCCUUAUCCCAGAAUUAAUGGUUAGAUCUUAACUAGGAUGAACGAAUGUGUUUUCUAUUAAUAUUUACUCCAGCUAUUUUCUCUCUAAUUUUCAUGUAACAGACUUGGGCCACCUGUCUACAAGAAUAUCCAAUUCUACAUCCACUCACCUCACUGCCUUUCUGCUGACUGGAGUCCCAGGAUUAGAAGACUUCCAAAUCUGGAUCUCCAUCCCCUUCAGCUUCAUGUACCUUUUGGCUGUGAUAGGCAAUGGCCUGGUUAUGGCAGUGGUGGUUGGGGACAGGAACCUCCAUGAACCCAUGUAUCUCUUCCUGGCCAUGCUGGCACUCAAUGAUAUUCUCCUUUGUACUGUGACAGUGCCCCAAAUGCUUCUUAUCUUCUGGAAGGGUCCUUCCCCAUUAACAUUCCCUGCAUGUCUCACACAGAUGUUUUUUGUUCAUGCUCUGUUCCUCUCUGAAUCUGCUGUUCUCUUGGCCAUGGCUUUUGAUCGCUACGUGGCUAUCUGUACACCACUCCAUUAUGCAACCUUUCUUACAGGUUCUCUCAUUAGCAAGGUGGGUCUGGCUCUGGUGACUCGGAGUGUGGCUGUGGUCACUCCUGGUGUCCUCCUCAUUCUCCGGCUACGUUUUUGCCGGGAAAACAUCAUCCACCAUACCUACUGUGAGAACAUGGGCAUUGCCAAGUUGGCCUGCAAUAGCAUUGCCCUCAAUAGCAUUUAUGGGCUCACUGCUGCUCUCCUCACCACAGGGCUAGACUUUUUCCUCAUCUCCCUGUCCUACUGGCUAAUCCUGAGAACAGUCUUCCAACUACCUUCUAGGGAAGCCCGGACAAAAGCAUUUGCAACAUGUGGAGCUCAUAUAUGUGUCAUCUUGAUAUUUUAUACUCUGGCCUUCUUUUCCUUCUUUACCCAUCGCUUUGGAGAUCAUGUACCCAAGCAUGUCCUUAUCCUCCUGGCAAACCUCUACUUACUGGUGCCACCCACUAUGAACCCCAUUGUUUAUGGAGUAAAGACAAAGGAGAUAAGGAUGCAUGUACUAGGGCUCUGUAACAAACCAAAAUGACUCAAAGGUUAUGAAGCAACAAGGAACAGGUAAGUCCAGGAUGGGGAUCAGGCUUAAAUGUCAAGUCUGAAUCAACCUGGGCAGAUCCAUUCCCAAAACACUUAACCUCUGAAUAGAGCUUAAAAUAGUCACAUUUCUAAGUGCUGUCUUCCCGACAUAGGGUAAACAGGAAGCUAAUAGGGAACUGCUUCAGUACCAUCAAGGAAUAUCUCAACAUAAUGAGGUAAAAAUCAGUGGAAUGUCACUGUAAGCACAGGGGACUUAAAUAUCCUUUUUAAAUACACAAUUCCUCCUUUAUGUCAAUUUGCUAUGGACAGGACAAAAUGUAAACUCUGUAAGUCAUGGCUUAGUUCAGAUUCCAGCUUCAUCAUCAC